CACUCCCCAAACUCGCAGGAACAACUCGCAGCUAGCUUUGUUCGUUCUUGUGUCCUGGCCUGAAAUCGCAAGGCCCGUGGUCCGCCUCCUGUGUUGCUGCUGUUGCGCUGUGGACUUGUGCUGUGCGGAGCGUCAUGGCAGUAAGCAUCAACGAUUUGCCGAACGAAAUACUCGAGUUUGUGUUCAGUCUGCUGCCACCGUACCUCGAUCUGGAACAGUGCGCUGCCGUUUGCAAACGGUGGACGGCUCUGGCAAGGAAUGUUCAGGCAAGGAAGAAAUCGUGCUUGCAGAAGGGCCUGACCGAGUUCAAUCUCUGCUGGGAGGAGAAUGUGUACGGUGUGGCACCGAGGAUUGCGGCCCGCUUUGGCCAUGCCAGCACCCUGCACCGGAAUUCGAUGUAUGUGUUCGGAGGUGCUUCACUGAACGACUCGACCUUCAACGAUCUGUGGAAGUUUGAUUUGUCGCGCCGAGAGUGGGUCCGUCCGAUCGCCAUGGGUUCCUAUCCGACACCGAAGGCCGGUGCGUCGCUGGUGUGCCACAAGGAUACGCUGAUUCUGUUUGGUGGCUGGCGACACGCCUCGACCGUGUUCCACAUGUACACGCUGAUCGAUGAUCUGCAUGUGUACAACAUCCGCGAGAACCGCUGGAGUAUCCACAAUGACCCGCUGUACGGUCCACCGCCGAUGACGGGCCAUUCGGCGACGGUACAUCGCAAUAAGAUGAUCAUGUUUGGAGGCUACGUGAAGCAGCAGGAGAAUCUGCACACGACCAACGACAUCUGGGUGUUGGAUCUGGACAAGUUGACCUGGCGGAAGCCUCCGGUGUCGAAUCUUAAGCCUCCACCUCGGUACGGCCAAUUCCAGAUGGCCAUCGGUGAGGAUCACAUCCUGGUGCUCGGUGGUAUUGGUGGCGUUAACCGUAUUCUCAACGAUGCCUGGCUACUCGACAUGCAGCGGGACCUUUGGUGCUGGAAGCGUGUUCAAAUCAAGAAUCGGAUACCACCGCUCGCCCAGAAUUGGUGCUAUCCUGCGUGCAGCUUCGGAUCGAAGGUGAUCCUGUUGGGUCCGGCAUCACCAAAUGAUUUCCAGAUCAUCCGCAUCAGCCGCUUCGGCGGUAUCCGACCGAUUGCGGCCCCUCCAGUGCAAGAACCGCGGAAUCGUGCUGCUGGCCGGGAUCCUCCCGAUGCGUUGCCGGGGCGAAAUAAUAUCCCACGUCAACCACCACCACGAGCCAAUCUGCCUCCACCGGCAGUCGCCGCGAAUCCCCCUGUCAACCACCACAGAUCACCAGAGCAACCAUCGAGUGGCUUACUGCGCUCUCCGAACAACAACAUCGCCCCUAACAACAACGGCAGCAACAAUCACAAUGGCAUUGGUUCAGUUGGAAGUGAACCAAAAGCUGGUCCUUCGGGACUGCGGAUCUCGGCCAGCGGUAGCAGUAGUCCUCAGCUUGGCUCAGCAUUAUCCCCUCGACCACUGCCAAUAAUACGUAGUGCGUUUGCACGAGCCUCCUCGGAUGAUGAUCAUCUACCGAAACGCUUUAACCAGCAGGCGCCCGAACAGAAUCACCUCGAGAUGGCGGCCUUCGGUGUUCCGCCUCCCGUUCCUCCCCGACCGGCGGGUAACUCUCGCGAACGGCACUUGCUGCGCUUGCGAGAGCUAAGAGCGAAGCUGUUCAAGGACCAGGAACCUCCGCAACAACCAAACGGUCAUAUAAAUCCUCCACCGGAUUUACGUGCUUCGAGAGGUCCCCUGAAAACACCGGCAUCCGAUGGGCCUAAGGCGGGCACCAUUAACGGUGGUGUUGCUGACAAACCGCUCGGGCAACCGGAUCCGGUAACGCCGAAACGUGUGAAGCGAAGCGGACUCUCGAUCUAUGUGUGCGACGUAUCGAACAUACUGCCAGCGAGUGCCGGUGAACCGUGGAUCGAGUGGCAGGAACCGAUCAACAGUGGCCAGAUAGCGGGGGCACCGGAUCGAUGUACCUUCUCCACGAUGGUCAGUGGUAAUGGGGAGCUGAUUGUGUUUGGCGGUGUGCACAAGCAUCAAAACCCAGAGACUAUGAUCGCUUCGAACGCCGUACACUUUCUCACUGUUCCGACGGCCGUUGUCUAGAUCCUAGGCCCUCUCCCUCGGUCUCUCGUUAACGCCCGUUCCCGUUUCAUGUUAAGUAGGCUUUGAAGUCGAAAAUAGAUAACAAUUAUGCAAUGCCGCUAAGAAUGCACAGCAGCGCAAGCUCUCGCAAGGUUACUGCUGACGGCAAAGAAAAAAGUGUCCAUGCGCUAGGUAAAACGUAUAUAAAUACAUUAAAUUAUGGUUUUGUGGUGUGUUGUGCAGCUAAAUAAAACGAAAUUUACGAACGUCCUUUUGUA